AUGUUUCAGUGGUACCACUGGGGACCCAAAAGCCAUGACGUUGUUCGUAUGACUGGCGCAAUGGAUCCUCCGUAUGACAUUGACAACGAAAAGCAAAUGCUUUUAAUCCCAUUUUACCAUUGCUAUGGAUUCUGCAUGAUGAUGAUUGCAAUCUUAAAUGGGGCUACAUCGGUCAUGCUCCCACACUUCAAACCGGAUCUAUUCUGUUCAGCCAUUCAAACACAUCAAAUACGUUGGCUAGCCAUAGCUCCGCCCAUAGUCACAUUUCUUGCUAGAAACCCAAUCUGUGAGAAUUAUGAUCUUUCGUGCCUUCAGACGCUUUUCAGUGGAUCAGCACCUGCUCCUAAACAUAUCUGCUACGAAGUGCUUCAGAGGUACAAGAAUAUCAAAUAUGUGCAACAAGGAUAUGGUAUGUCUGAGACGUGCAUGGUAUCACACUUACCUGAUAUUCGUGAUGGACAACCACCUGGAAGCGUUGGGAAAAUUGCACCGAACUUGGAAAUGAAGGUUUUCACUUUUUUCACACAUCCAAGUAAAUUUUUGUAUAGUACGGUUUCAAAUUGUGGACCCAAAGAGUGGUGAUG